GUAAUGGUGUCUAUAGAUAGGCUCAAUUGCUGGACACUAGAGCCAUCUCACUGAAAGCAGCACUGUCUAGUUCAAAGAUAGAGAAGAAACUUUCGCAAUGGCUGAACAAAUCGAGAUGCCGCGCGUGAAACUUGGAACCCAAGGACUCGAGGUAUCAAGGCUAGGUUAUGGUUGUAUGGGGCUUUCAGGUGCCUACGGUAAUCCUGUCCCUGAGGAGGAUGCAAUUGCAGUAAUCAAAGAGGCAUUUAGUAAAGGCAUCACAUUUUUUGACACAUCGGAUGCUUAUGGUCCGGACCAUGCCAAUGAGUACCUGGUGGGGAAGGCAUUAAAGCAGUUACCGCGAGAAAAAGUCCAAUUAGCUACAAAGUUUGGUGUAGCCGGGUAUGAUGCAUCUGGAGUUAUAGUGAAAGGUUCACCUGAAUAUGCCCGCUCUUGCUGUGAGGCUAGCCUGAAGGUUCUUGGCGUGGACUAUAUCGAUCUUUACUACAUACACAGAAUUGAUGCUACUGUGCCUAUUGAAUACACAAUUGGAGAACUUAAAAAGCUAGUUAAUGAAGGUAAAAUAAGAUAUAUUGGAUUGUCUGAAGCUAGCCCAGACACAAUAAGGAGAGCUCAUGCAGUUCAUCCUAUUACUGCAAUUCAAAUGGACUAUUCCCUUUGGAUUCGUGACAUUGAAGAAAAAAUAAUUCCACUUUGCAGGGAACUUGGGAUCGGAAUAGUUCCCUACAGUCCCUUAGGUCGAGGGUUUUUUGCUGGGAAGGCAAUCGUGGAAAGUGCGGAUCCAAAUAGCUCAUUGACAAGUCACCCAAGGCUUCAAGGAGAGAAUUUUGAGAAGAACAAAGUCCUAUAUUUUCGCAUAGAAGCGUUGGCUAAGAAGCAUGGAUGCACACCAGCUCAACUUGCGAUCGCAUGGGUUCUUCAUCAAGGAGAUGAUAUUGUACCUAUUCCAGGUACAUCCAAAAUUAAGAAUCUUCACUCCAAUAUUGGUGCUUUGAAAGUGAAGCUUACUAAAGAAGAUUUGAAAGAGAUCACCGAUGCGGUUCCCAUCAAUGAAGUAGCUGGGUCAAGAAGUUCUAAUGAGGCCUUUCAUAAGAUCACAUGGGAAUUUGUGAACACUCCACUGCCAAAAUGAACCAGCAAAAUGGAUAAUUAUUAGCGUGUGAUGUUUUGAAAUAAUGGGAUCUCCUUGACGUGCUGAAGUAUUAUGCAACCUCAACUUUUAUGCAAAUUCUGAAGAAUUCCGAUUCUUUAGAAUUUGACUGUUAAACAACGUUGUGCACUUCUAAUCCCUUGUGGUUUUCUGAUAUCGUCCGUUUUGUACUGCUGUGGAUUACUGGCAGAUCACUGCCGGUUUACUAUCGUAUUGCUAUUGAAUAAAUGAACCUCUUUUCAACA